UCUGUGGUUCAUUCCAAGUUUGGUAAACUAAACUAUGAAACAACGAAAUACGAAAGCCAAAAAAGCUGAAACACUAAUUUAGAUGGUUGAGUUACCAUUGAAUUGAGCAAAAAUGAAUGACAAGGUGCAUAAAAAACGUAAAAUAACAGAUCAAAAUGGUACUGAAUUCUCAGAGCCAGCAGUUAAACAUGCUAGAACUACUCAAAUACAAUGCCCUUAUCUGGACACAAUUAAUCGACAUGUAUUGGAUUUUGAUUUUGAAAAGCUAUGUUCGGUUUCCUUAACAAGAAUAAAUGUUUAUGCUUGCUUGGUGUGUGGAAAAUACUUUCAGGGACGAGGAACUAAUACCCAUGCAUAUACACAUUCAGUGGCGGAGAGCCAUCAUGUCUUCCUAAAUCUGCUUACAUUAAAAUUCUACUGUCUGCCAGAUAACUACGAAGUCAUUGAUUCCUCACUAAAUGACAUCAAGUAUGUCCUAAACCCCAUUUUUACACCAGAACAAAUUAAGCAGUUAGAUGAAAAUACAAAGAUGUCCAGAGCUAUUGAUGGUACUAUGUACAUGCCAGGUAUUGUUGGACUGAACAAUAUCAAGGCUAAUGAUUACUGUAAUGUAAUUUUACAGUGUUUGUCGCAAGUGAGGCCCCUUCGUAACUAUUUCCUACGAGAGGAGAAUUAUGCUCAUGUGAAAAGACCACCUGGAGAUUCUUCAUUCUUGUUAGUGCAGAGAUUCGGUGAACUUAUACGCAAGCUGUGGAAUCCUAGAGCAUUUAAAGCUCAUGUUUCACCACACGAGAUGCUGCAAGCUGUAGUACUAUGGUCCAAAAAGAGGUUUCAGUUUAUAAAGCAAAAUGACCCAAUUGAUUUUAUGUCAUGGUUCCUAAAUUCCCUGCACUUAGCACUGAAUGGUACCAAAAAGCCCAAUAGUUCCAUAAUUUACAAGUCCUUCCUUGGACACAUGAGGAUAUACACAAGAAAGUUACCGCCACCUGAUGCAGACGACGCAGCAAAAGUAGACCUUAGCAGUGAGGAGUACAGUGAGAUGAUAACAGAAUCACCAUUCCUUUAUUUGACCUGCGAUUUACCACCAACCCCUCUUUUUACUGAUGAAUUCAGGGAAAAUAUUAUUCCACAGGUAAAUCUGUACCAACUUCUAUCAAAAUUCAAUGGUCAAUCUUCAAAGGAAUAUAAGACUUACAAGGAGAACUUUAUGAAGAGGUUCGAAAUAACACAGUUGCCGCCUUAUCUCAUUUUGUACAUAAAGCGGUUUACUAAGAAUACGUUCUUUGUGGAGAAAAAUCCCACAGUAGUAAACUUCCCAGUCAAAAAUGUCGACUUUGGAGACAUCCUUACUCCGGAAAUCAAAGCCAAGCACAAUGGAAAGACAAUAUACGAGUUAGUUGGAAACAUUGUUCACGAUGGAACUCCAGAAAAAGGAACGUACAGAGCCCACGUGCUUCACACACCAACACAGCAAUGGUACGAAAUGCAAGAUUUACACAUGACUAGUAUUCUACCACAGAUGAUCACGCUCACUGAAGCUUACAUACAAAUAUAUGAAUUAAAACAGGACUGAUGAUGUAAAUAAAGCAAUUACAUACA